AUGGUCGCUCAAGUUCAAAAACCAGCUCCAGCUUUCACUAAGACUGCUGUCGUUGACGGUACUUUCGAAACCGUCAGCCUCGAACAAUACAAGGGUAAAUGGGUUGUUUUGGCCUUCAUUCCAUUGGCUUUCACUUUCGUUUGCCCAACUGAAAUCAUUGCUUACUCUGAAGCUGUCAAGAAGUUCACUGACAAGGAUGCCGUUGUCUUGUUCGCUUCCACUGACUCUGAAUACACCCACUUGGCUUGGACCAACGUCGCCAGAAAGGACGGUGGUUUGGGUCCAAUCAACAUUCCAUUGAUUGCUGACACCAACCACUCUUUGUCUAAGGACUACGGUGUUUUGAUUGAAGAAGCAGGUAUUGCCCUCAGAGGUAUCUUCAUCAUCGAUCCAAAGGGUGUUUUGAGACAAACUACCAUCAACGACUUGCCAGUCGGUAGAAAUGUCGAAGAAACCUUGAGAUUGAUCGAAGCUUUCCAAUUCACUGAAAAGUACGGUGAAGUUUGCCCAGCUAACUGGACUGAAGGUGCUGCUACCAUCAAGCCAGAUGUCGAACAAUCUAAGGAAUAUUUCUCUAAAGUUAACUAG